AUGGCUCUGAUGUCCUCGCAAACUACUACUGCGACGAGUGACGAUGGGAAGACGGCGAAAGACGAGGUGAUUCGUAGUGCGGAUGCGCUCGCUACGAUUCGAGCUAAGUUCGAGCCGAAGCCCAAGGUAACGCUGUCGAAGGAACUCGACGCAUUCACACACGCGCUCCACGCCAUCCGUGAAGAGUUAAACUCGCUACGAAUGGAUAUUAAAACUCUAGAAGCUUCUGUUUUGGGGAUCCAUGCGGGAAAGCGAGCACUGGAGUCUCAUCAUCCCUUUACAAACGUCGUAACGGACAAGGCAUCGCCUCGAAGACCGUCACGUCUCCGACAGACUGCAAACAUCGCACGACACGUGAGUGCGCUUCUAGAGGGCGCGACGUUGAGUGGCGACGAAUGA